GGGCGGGAGGCGGCGGUGCGAGGGGCGCUGAGGGCAGAGCGCGAGGCGACGGUUGGCGACGGUUGGCGGCAGUUGGUGGCCAUGGCUUCCGUGGUGAGGAAGAUAAUCAGCACGGCCAAGGCGCCCGCUGCCCUGGGCCCCUACAGCCAGGCAGUGCUGGUAGAUCGGACCAUGUAUAUUGCAGGACAGAUUGGUAUAGAACCUUCCAGCGGGCAGCUUGUCUCUGGAGGGGCAAAGGAAGAAGCUAAACAGGCCCUAAAAAACAUGGGAGAAAUCCUGAAAGCUGCAGGCUGUGACUACUGCAAUGUUGUGAAGACUACUGUUUUGAUGGCAGACAUGAAAGACUUCAAUGAUAUUAAUGAUAUUUACAGACAAUUUUUCAAUACAAACUUCCCAGCCCGAGCAGCUUAUCAAGUAGCUGCUUUGCCGAAAGGUGCCCGAGUUGAGAUUGAAGCUGUUGCCAUUCAAGGAUCCAUCCAAGAUGCUUCAGCAUGACUAUAAAUAGAGACUGAAUAUCCUGCAAUAACAAUUUUAUUAGAUUCAGUUUCAUUCCUACAAUUGACUAUAGGCAGUUACAUACAGUUGAAAUCACUGAUCUUACCUAAGAAAGGUGCAUUGGGACCUUACAUUCUCUAAAAUGCAGACUUGCAAUUAGUUCUUUGUAAGGAAACCCUGAAGUCUAUGGGAGCCUUGUGAAAAUCAGUUGAGCUUGUUGCUCAGAUUAGGGUGUCUGAACUUACUGCAAGUAGGGGCCUUAUUUUAUGAUUAUUAUCUGAAUAUCUAACCAUAAAGUACACAUUUUUAGAUGAAUAUAUGACAGCUACACUAGCAGUGAUCUGCACAUGAAAAAUUAUUAUUUAGUAGGAUAUAGUAACUAUUUUAAGUAAGAAAAAAUGAUAGAAAUGGGAAAACUGUAGACCUUUGAACUUUGAAUACAUUUUUAUUUCUGUAUUUUGGGGAAAUCUGCCAUAUUUGUUCUUGUGGAAAUAAUUACUUAAGAGAGUGAACACUCAUUUCAGAAAGAAGAAUAUCACACUUUUCUGAAGUAAUGUGCUAACAUUUAUAAAUUGGCUGUAAACGAAUCUCUUCGUGCAACCUUUUCUAGAGAAUUCAAUUUUCAGUAUAGCUUAAUUAAAAAAAAAAGGACUUCUAAGUUUAUGAUGAAAAAUAUCUUUUUUAAUGAGAAUAAAUGAUGAUUGCAUCUAUAAAA